GCAGGUGAAGAGUUCAUCCAGAAAGCUCUGCAGAAUCUGACAUGGACCACAGAUGCUGGAUCUGCAGUUCAAGCCACAGAUCUUGUGGUGGAGGCCAUCGUGGAAAAUCUAAAAAUCAAACAGGAUCUCUUUGGUCGGCUCGACAAGCUGGCACCAGCACACACUAUAUUUGCCAGCAACACAUCCUCCUUUCAUAUUACUGACAUCGCCAGCUACACCAGCAGGCUGAAUGCAUUUGGUGGCCUUCACUUUUUCUAUCCGGUCCCUAUGAUGAAGCUUGUUGAGGUCAUCGAAACCUCAAAAACAAGCCAAGAGACUGUAGAUUCCCUCCGAAACUUCUGCAAAAUGCUUGGUAAAACACCGGUGUCCUGCAAGGAUACACAAGGAUUUAUUGUAAACCGCCUUUUUAUUCCCUACCUGUUUGAGGCCAUACGGCUGCAUGAAAGAGGUCAUGGAUCCAUGAAGGACAUUGAUACUGCCAUGAAACUUGGUCUUAGUUAUCCUAUGGGACCCCUUGAGAUUGCAGAUUUUGUAGGACUAGACAUCCUUAAGUUCUCCAUGGAUGGUUGGUCUGAAGCGAACCCUGGUAACCCACUCUUUGCCCCGAGUGAACUGCUCAACAAGUUGGUUGCAGAGGGAAAACUGGGCAAAAAGACAGGAGAAGGAUUCUAUAA